ACCAUCAGGAACGCGACUUUCGUUGACCCACUCGUCAGUCAGUACGAGUUCAUGAUCUGGAUAGCUUACUACACGUGUGUCGACAUGGUCUUGUGUGUGGUAGGGAUCAUCGCCAACGUCAUCAAUAUCACCACUUUCUCGGCCAUGGGCGUCGACGACGGCAUCACGGUCGCCUUUGUGUUCCUCUCGUCGUCAGAACUCCUCUGUUGCUUAGCGGCGCUUGGACAAAAACUGGCCAUGGCGUUUUGGGUCGUCGAAAUGGUGACAGAUUACAGCACAUGGUUCGCCAUACACCCGUACGUCUUCAACUCGUUCUUCGGCCACACGCGCCACUGCAUUGUCGCGAUACCGGAGUUGAUCACCACGUACCUCGCCGUGGUGAAAUGCAUGUGCGUGACCCGGCCUUUCACCUUCCCCAGCUUUUUCACGUUGAACAAAACCCUGUGGGCGAUGAAAGCGAUUUGUGUUUUCUCCGUGGCGAGCUACGUCCCGCUGUUCGCCUGCAUGGGAACCGCCGACGAGCUCGACCCGGCCGUGAACGCGACCCGGCGCAUGCUGUGGUUCGCUCCGUACCGUGACAUUGUCAAGGUCAUGGUGUGGAGCGGAAGAGACGCAUUCUUGGCCUUUGCGUCCCAAUCCAUCAUCCUAAUCAGCGUCGUCUUCAUGGCCAGAGCGUUAAGCGAGGCGGCCAAACUGCGGGAGAGGCUGAGAUCUGGGACGUACGCCGAGGAUGUGCCAGAGGCUUCGAGGCAGUCUCCGACAGGUGCCCGGAAAUCGGGCGGCGGUGCCCUGAGUGCCAAGGAACUGCAGAUCGUCAAGCAGAUCGUGCUCAUCUCAGUGUUUUACGUCAUAGGCACCAUCCCAAAGAUGGCCGUGCUGCUGGCGUACGCCACGGUGUCAGAGUUCACUCAAGGGGGCGUCUAUCAAAAUGUGUACAUCGUCGCCUCGAAAGGGAGUGAGUCUUCCGAGCUGAUUUUGUCCAUUGUGAACAUAUUCAUCUAUUACAGGUACAACUCCAAAUUCAGG